UUGUAGCAGUGGAUUAAUUGUUAUGGAUAAUGGCUGAAAAGGUAGUUCCGAUUGAUAACAGCCUCACUGAUGUGUCGGCGUCAGAGUUGCACACCUUACAGAACGCUAUCAACAACGCUAUCAAACCUGAUGGAGUCCUCUUUGACGACCCACCUAACAAGAAGAUGAAAUUCUCCUCCAACGAAGAUGACACUGACUCGCUCCUAGAGGGAGCUGACGGUAAACCCUCUGGUAAAGUAUCUCACAAUGCGAUAGAGAAGAGGAGAAGAGACAAGAUGAACAUGUACAUUGACGAGCUGGCAGCUAUGGUACCCAUGUGCUCCGUUGUUUCAAGACGACCGGACAAGCUAACCAUUCUGAAGAUGGCUGUGAGACACCUCAAAGCGCUGAGAUAUGCUAAUGGGGGAGGCCACAAGAACCAAUUGAGACCUACCUUUCUUACUGAUGAAGAACUGAAGCACCUUAUUCUAGAGGCUGAGGACGGGUUCUUGUUUAUAGUUAGCUGUGAGAAUCAGAGAAUAUUGUACGCAAGCAACAGUGUUAGUCACGUUCUCAAUCACACCAAGGAGGACCUAUGUGAGCUAGGGUUCCUGGAUAUCAUACACCCGUGUGACCAGGAGUUGGUGAAGGAGCAGCUGCUGGUCACUGACUGUGACCACACUGCAGGGGAGAAGAAGAGUACUGCUGCAGACUUCAACAUGAUUUCAGGGUCUCGUCGUUCUUUCUUCUGCCGUAUGAGACACGGAAAACGAGGUCCUGACGGUCAAACAAUUGAAGAUAAGAAGAAGAACGCGACAGCUUAUACAAUAGUGCACGUGACUGGGUAUCUGAAGAACUGGGAUGUUGAUACUUUCUCCAUGUCCGAGGAUCUCAUCAAAUACAGUGGUGAUGAGUCUGAAGAGGAGCUAGGAGAUUUUACCUGUUUGGUUGCUGUAGGGCGGGUUCUACAAGUCCCUGUCAAAAGCUUGAAACAACCGAACGUUUUUAAUUGGAGGUUGACGAUGGAUGACAAGUUUCUGUUUGUAGACCCCCGAACUACCGCCGUAUUGGAGUACUUGCCACACGAGCUGAUCGGAACUAGUAUCUACAAGUUCUACCACCCUAGCGACCUGUCUAAACUGACUGAUGCUCAUCAGAAAGUAAAGUCAGGAGACUGUAAAGUAAUGUACAGGUUCAGAACCAAAUCAGGGAGAUGGGUGUGGCUUCAUGGCAGUUUCCAGGGAUUCAACAAUCCAUUCUCUGGUCAACUCCAGUACAUCAUCUGCAACAACAUUGCUGUGCUGGAUAAUAACGAGCUGGAUGAAAAAGGUCGCACUGAGGCGGGUUUGAGCAAGGUGGAACUAAGCAAACCAAAGUUGAGUACAGACAUUGGUCACAUGAUAACUUCGUCACAGAUAGUACAGCACACAACCCAAGCAGACCCAACCCAACAACAAGCUCCCCAACACGGCCUGCCCCAACCUAUGGACAGUUCCCGCUCCUCCCAUCCCCAGAGUAUUCUGGACAACAUCCCGGACUCUCAGACCCUCCACCCAGGCAUGGCUGACAUUAACAGACCCACUAAUAUUGCAGUUGUUACUCCUAAUGUUGAACUUUGCAGCUCCGGAAGAUUACAGACAAAGCUACACCUGGACCCCAUUACCCGGAUGGAAGUAGAUACUCCCUUCACAAUCCCACCCCAGCAUUCCCAACCUCAGCAACUCUCCCAGCCUCAACCACAACACUUACAAGUUCAGCCACCCCAACAACAACACUCUCAGCAUUCUCAGCAGAUACAGCAACAACAACAGCAGCAGGUGCAGCAGCCUCAGGUGCAGCAGCAACAGCAGCAGCCGCAGCAAUCACAACAGAAUAGGUUCCGAACUCAGCAGACAGUCCAACACCAGCCCCAACACCACCAGUACAACAUACAACAGAUACAACAAGACCCGUAUACCUCCGAUAUGCAGGGACAAUUCAACCUUGUCCAAGGAAUGCAGCAGCAACCCUACUCCUCCGCUCAACAUCUCAACAUUGCUGAGAUUGGAACUCUAAAGACGGAGACUAAAAGUAGAAUGCUAACUCCAACUAGCUCCUCCCACAAUUCCCUUGUACCUGGCCCUGGCGUGGCUGGAAUGUUGAACUUGCAGCAUCAGCAAACUCAACAACAGCAGCAGCAGCAGCCUCAACAACAACAACAACAACAGCAGCAACAACAGCAGCAGCAGCAGCAACAACAACAACAACAACAGCAACAACAACAACAACAACAACAGCAACAGCAACAGCCCCAACAACAGCAACAGCUCAGCAACCCUCAGCAAUACAACCCCCAAACACCCCAACAAGUAAAACAACUCGCAUAUCUUCCUCAGCUACCGAACGUGCACAACAUCCGCACGAAGGAGCAAUACGAACAAGCGAGGCUGUACAACGAACGAGAACGCCAACUACUGCAGGAGUAUGAGCAGUAUUUGAAGAAAACGAAGUGGGAUAAUUGAGAGUUAAUCACUUAAUUGAGUGACAAUUAGUGAGAUUAUGAUUGAUCUCUGUUGGUUGUUGCUGUCACAUUACAAAUUUCCGCUCUGACUGUCAAGAUGAUUAAAAGGACCCAAUUAAGGACAAUCGGUAAAGACCAAAAUCAGCUUCUCUGUUAUACACACAUAUUUUAGGCAAUAUUGCGAUGACCUGUGUUUGAUUUACUGAAACAUUCUUACAGACUUAAAUCUUACAGCAUAGUUUACUGAAAAGUACAUGGACCGACUGGAAAUUGUACUUACAAAUCUAUUAUGUUACAUACUGCUACUAGUAAUUAUAUCAUUAUGUAAUAUAAUCUCAAUAGUUAAUAAUCAUCGCACACUUAUAACACUACUAAUACUUAUAACACAGAUUAAUUUUGCUGCCUAUAUUUAUAAAGGAAUACGCAUGGUAACUUUACAGAGUGGACCAGAAGUGACUUAACAUAUUACAGUAAAUUCUGGUCUAACCCUGCUCCCAUAUGUAAUAUGUAUGCAUGGUCUACAUAUGGCAUUGCUUGGAAUAACAUUUAAAUUUUAGUUGUGAUUUUCAAGAUAAUUUUAAAACUGUUUUUGUGGCUGUUUCUGUCUCUUGCCUUGUUAUUUUUGUACAAGCUUGUUGUCCAAGCGUUCUGACGAUACUGUAACACUACUGUAACACUACUGUAACAGGGUAGCACCCUGUAACACUACUGUAUCACUAUAACG